AUGCCUCCAAGGAAGAAGCCUAAGCUUACCGCUCAAUCCGAAGCCGCGCAACCUUCCGCAAACACCCCCGCCAGUGAUAGCGCAGCUCUGCCUAGCACGGAUUACGACCCCGUGACGGACCCAUGGACAGAUGAACAGGAGACUGCGCUACUAAAGGGAAUAAUCAAAUGGAAGCCGGUUGGAAUGCACAAGCACUUCCGCAUGAUCGCUAUUUCCGAGUUCAUGAAAAGUCAAGGCUAUGCACCUGCCCACGCGGAACAUACACGGAUACCUGGGAUCUGGAAAAAACUCGGGACAUUAUAUAACCUCCCAGCACUCGAUGAGCGGGAGGAUUCCUUAAUAACAGAUACUUCCGACGAUAUCGAUGGAUCCAAAGAGCUUUAUUGUCCAUUUGAGCUUCCGGAAGAUGAAUACGGCGAGUUAAUGUUUGAGAGGAGAUUAGCAAUGGAAGGUUCCGCUUCGCCAGUCCAUAGUACCCACGCCGAAUCUAGGCGAGGUAGCACGGUAGCCGACACAGAUGAACCCCAAUCCUCUCCGGCGCCGUCAAGAGGUAGGAAGUCAGGUCGUGGAAGCCGUCAAUCGGCACGAGGUGCUCGAUCUUCGCGGCUACAAGUAGAAAUCGAGGCUCCGAGGAGGAGCUCAGGCACAGGGGAAGAAGAAGGUGACUCGGAGGAUGCUGGUGCGAAUGAAGAAGGGGACGAGGAAGGCUCGGACGGGCCGAAAGACGACAGCGAAGGUGACGAGGAAGCCGAAGAAGAUACAGGAGGCUCACCGACCGCACGAAGUACACGAGCCCAGACAACUCGAACAAAACAAAAGGAGAAGAGAAGUAGUGGAACAGGAACUAGACGCGGCGGUCGACGACGGUAG